AUGUUUCCUCUGAGAAGGCCGCCUCCGUUCCGUGUGUUUUGUUCGUCUUCUGAUAGGGGCAUUAGCCACAAUGUCGGGUAUCAGAGCAAGGUGCGAGUCGUCGACCGAUACAAGGUCAUCGGCUUCAUUAGCAGUGGUACCUAUGGACGAGUCUACAAGGCCGUGGGCCGCUGUGGCCAAACGGGAGAGUUUGCCAUUAAGAAAUUCAAACCCGAUAAGGAAGGCGAGCAAGUUCAAUAUACAGGCAUCUCUCAGUCGGCCGUCCGAGAGAUGGCCCUCUGUUCUGAACUGAGCCAUAUGAAUGUCAUCCGGCUCGUAGAAAUUAUCCUGGAAGACAAAUGCAUCUUCAUGGUCUUCGAAUACGCCGAGCAUGACCUCCUUCAAAUCAUCCAUCACCACACGCAACCCACGCGUCACCCCAUUCCUCCGGCAACUGUCAAAAGCAUCAUGUUCCAGCUGUUAAACGGCUGUCAGUACCUCCACUCCAACUGGGUCUUGCACCGAGAUCUCAAACCAGCGAACAUCAUGGUAACGUCCAGUGGCGAGGUCAAAAUCGGGGAUCUCGGUCUUGCCCGCCUCUUUAAUAAACCAAUCCACUCACUCUUUAGCGGCGACAAAGUCGUCGUCACAAUCUGGUACCGCGCGCCGGAACUCCUUCUCGGAUCACGCCACUAUACCCCGGCAAUUGACAUGUGGGCCGUGGGAUGUAUAUUCGCCGAGCUUCUCUCCCUACGUCCGAUCUUUAAAGGGGAGGAAGCAAAGAUGGAUUCCAAAAAGACCGUGCCCUUUCAGCGGAACCAGAUGCAGAAGAUUGUCGAGAUCAUGGGCUUGCCAACUAAGGAGAAAUGGCCCCAUCUGGUCAGCAUGCCUGAAUACCCGCAACUGUCGACUUUAUCUGCAAGUCAGCAUGCCAAGGCGGGGGGAUCGAGCCUAGAGAAAUGGUACUACAGUACCAUCAACGCUCAUUCUGCUACUUCAGCCCCGGCAUCAAAUGCCUCGCUUGGCGUUGAAGGCUACAAGUUACUCUCAGGCUUACUGGAAUACGACCCGGAGAAGCGCUUGACGGCACAAGCGGCACUCCAGCACCCGUUCUUUAGCACCGGUGAUAAAGUAUCAGGGAAUUGUUUUGAGGGCAUGAAGACGGAGUAUCCGCAUCGGCGGGUCAGCCAGGAUGAUAAUGAUAUCCGAACCUCAAGUCUACCGGGCACAAAGAGGAGUGGGUUGCCAGAUGAUUCACGGCCAAUGAAGCGGCUCAAGGAAUGA